AGGCCACGAACGUAAACAUUACAAAACUUUUACUAAAAUUUUUGAAUUUUUCGUUUUUUAUCUCAAAAACCCGCAAAAAUACUCUCAAAAAUCCCUUCGCGACACGAAUUUCUCAUAUUUCUCCGAAUCUUUGGUUGACGAGCCGCAGUCAUGAAGCGACAACGAGCUCGUGCCAACUACACAGAAUUCAACGAUAACGACGUUCAAUUGAGUCAAAAUGUGAGAAAACCCGUUGAGCAUUCCUUGGAAGCGACAAUCCUCGAUGGAGAUACUCUUGCCUCGAUCGCGCUGAGGUUUAAUUGCACUGUCGCCGAUUUGAAGCGUCUCAACAAAAUUGACAAAGAAAACGAGAUAUUUGCACGGAAAAUCAUGAAAAUUCCCAUCACGCCUCACAAUGUCUUGCUCGAUACACUUCUUCCAACAGUUCACAAGAGCGGAAAUAGCAGUCCGAAGGGCAAUUCGAGUCAAUCGCAAACGAACGAGAAGCAAGAAGGCGUUUUAUCGGACGAAACGCUCGAAGAAAAAUUAAUUGUCGCGUCAAUUAGCAACACAACUUACAAAAAUGGAGAAAAUUCGAUACCAAUUCUUGACACACCGACCGAAAAUGACGUGCCUGAUGCCUCGGAUCCUUUGUUGUUCAACCAAAACGCGAAUUUCGUGCUGGCCAAGCCAAAAGUCAAUUACAGCUUUGAUGGGUCAGAUUGCGACAUGAAUUGGUUGUGUUUGUUCGUUUGCAUUCUCGCACUUUGUUUCGCGAUUCCCUUGAUUUAUGUUUGGAUUAUUUACGAACAUCCGGAGCGUUACCAUCAUCACUUUACGACGGAACAGCAUUCGGUGCAUCAGCAUUCGUCAUAACGAUAAAUUUUAAUGCGGAGUCACGUGCGGGUCUGAAGAGGAAACCAGAAGACUGUGAAAUGAUGAAAAAAAUCUGGUGCCUUUAAAAAAAAAUGUUUUUGGUCUGAGAGACGAAAAUUGUAUAGGAAUGUUUACAAUUAUUAUAAUUUUUGUUUUUAUUAAAUUUUUAUAAUAAUAAUAUAAUAUAAUAUAAUAGUGUAUCUAUCACAAAUAUAUAAAUAUAAAUUAAUAAGGAAAUGAAAAAUA